AUGGUUGAUUUUUUGUUAUAAUGGAUGGAGGAAGUUAGAAGCAAGAAUACAUAACAAAAAAAGUAAAAUUUAAAAGGAAUUCAUAACAACAAUGAAAAAAUACUCUCUAUUAUCUUUCAGGUACAUUUGUAUACUAUUUCACUAUAUGAAUUAGACCUUUUUAUGUUAUCUCUUAAAGAUGGAAUAUUAAAUUUGCCAGAUUCAAUUCCAAUGCUCGCUUUUUCUUUUUUUUUCCUUUUUUGUAAAUUACUAUUCAUACUACUAACCCUUUUGUGUUCAGAAUCUAUUCACUUUCCAAGUUCUCCGAUUCAUUUUAAUAUAUUAUCAAUAGGAUAAUAUUUUAACAUAAUUCUUAUAGUAAUAAGUCUAUAUUUGAAUCAUGAAAACGGAGACUUAUAAACUUCACUUUUCCAUAUUAUUAAUUUAUUUAUUAUUGGAUUUUACAUUUAUGAAGAGUGUUAGAAGAAAAUUAAUUAUCUUAAUACUUUAAUAUUAUUAUUACUCACAUAUGGUUUUUUUAAUAAUUUAUCAUUCUUUUUUGUUAUUCAAACGACAAAAAAAGAAUAUUAGAUUGCAUUACUAUUUGUCUUGUGUCCUUUAUUUCUAAAUUUAGUUAUUCAUUACUCAAGAUAAUCAACUAAAAUAGUCUACUCAAAGAAUAGAACUAUUGCUUAGAUAUUUAAUAAUCUCCUUAUACUAAAUGAAAACAAAUCUAAAAAUUUUAAAUAAGAAAAUUUUGAAACAUUAAUGCUCAAAUAAAUAACAACAUAUGCCAAUGAUCCAUUUAAUUCAGAAUUAAUCUUAUUCAACAAUAAAAUUAUUAAAUCUAAAAAAAACUAAAAGGCUUUUUGGUAUUAUAAAUAUAUACUUAUAAAAUUAUCAUAAUUUUAAUACACAGAAACUUUGAUAUUGAUACAUAAUUUCAAAUAGUCCUAAUUUUAUUCUGAAGUAAAUAAAUAAUUCGUUAGAGUUUAGAUAACAAUUUCAUUUAUUUAGUAAUUGAAACUCAUAAAUUUAAAAAGUGAAGUUUAUUAAUUACUAAAUUACAAUAUUACUAAGAAUUUUGAAUUAGAUAAACUCAAUUCAAAUUCUUUUAUUCAUUACAAAGUUCAAAUUCAAAAAAGUUAAACUUAAAUUUUAAAUAUCUUCAAAGAAAAGGAAGCACUCUAUUCUCAACUCUUAGAGGGAAAACCUACAAAAAUUAAUAGUAUUUUUAAUAAAUGUUACAAUAUCCUUUAAGAAGCUUUAUAAAUAUAAUAGGAUUUAAGAUAAGAAUUAACUAACUAGAAAACAUAUCGUAUUCAUUAAUUAUUGACUAUGCUUUAUGUUGAAUUUUUCAAUAAUAUUAUAUAGGCUGAACUUCUUAAAUACUUUUAAUUGAAUAAUGAAGAAUUGAAAUAGAAUCCUUUAGAAAAUAUGGAUUUUCUCAAUCUUAAGCUAGAAGAUAAUUUACUAAAUACUUAAAUUAAAUAUUUUAGUUAAAGUCUAUUUUUGAGAUUAGGAUAUAAAUUAAAAGAUGAAUAGUUUUUUCAAUUCAAAAUGCUCUUUCCAGAUGCUUUUUAUGACACUCAUUAAGAAUUAAUAAAGCAUUUUUUGGAAAGUGGAACUUGUAAGUAUUUAAAUAAGAUCUCAGAUAUGCUAAUUAGAGGUUAAGAUAAUAUUUACUUUUAUACUAUGUUUUAAUUAAAUAUUGAAAAUUCUAAUGAACCAGAAUUAUCUUUUUAUGUUUUCAUAAAAAUAAAUGAAGAAUAACCUAAUUCUGUAUUCAUCAAUAAGUAACAAUAAAUUAUUGGUUAUACUACAUCAUUUUUAAAGUAUAUAAACAAAAAAAACCUUAAUUUUACUUCUAAAUCUUUAUAUUUAUUAGAACUAAAUAAAAUAAUAAUUAUUAAUAAGCAUCAUCUUGGAUAAAAGUAUAUAAAGGGACGUUUGACAUAAGAUUCAACAUCAGAAAUAGCUUUAGAAUUUAUUGAAAGAAGAGGUAUAAUAGAAUUAAUCAUUUUGGAUGAAAAUUGGGAUUAUUUAUUAAAUCAAGAAGUAUUUAGUCAAGAACCAAGUUAAAAAUGUAGUUUAGUACUUAAUGAAGAAUCUGUAGUCUUAAUUCCAAAUCAGCUAUUUUUAGAUGAUUUGAAUAGUCCUCUAUCAUUGGCAAGAAGAGAUAAACCCUAUCAAGAGUUAUUAUAAAGUGACAUAAAACAAAACCAAACAAUAAAAAGUAAAGAAGGUAGUAAUGUAAUUAGUGAACCUAUAUAAGAGAAAACAAAAAAUUAAAAAUUGAGUGUUAAAGAAUAAAAAGAUGAUUUCAAUAAUGAUUAAGCUUCAUCAAAAUUUUCAAGAGGGUUUUUAGAUAAUUCAAUAUUUUAUUAAAAAUAUAAUAAACUAAACUUAUUUUUAGUUUAAAGUACUAGAAAUAGAUAAAUUACAAUGGCUUUAUUAUUAUUUCUCUUAGCAUUAUUAAUAAAUGUUAUUUUUUAGUUAAUAAAUUUAACUUAAUUUUUACCAUAAUAUUAAAAAGUAAAUUCAGAUAUUGAUAUGUUAACCCUUAAAGGUAAUUUUAUGGCUCCAAUUCACAAUUGUGUAACAGCUUAAGUAUGUGUUGUAAAUUAUAUGCUUUUGGCUUUUGUAUUUAAAGAGAUUAGUUAAGAAGUUGCUUUUUCAAAAAUGUAAUUUGGAUUAGAUUCUAUUUAUAAAUCAUAUGAACAUUUGAAAAUUUCAUUUACUACUUAAUUAGAUAAUUAAAAUCUAUAAGAAUUUUUUUAUGAUUAAGAAAUAUUAAUGUAUUAAUUAGAGAAUUUAAGUUUGGUUCCUAGAAAUAUAUCAUUAAAGUCUGCUUUGAUUUAUUAUUAGCAAGCUUAAUAUUUCACUUCAAUAAUAGAUUAUUAUAAUGUACUUACAGUAAUUCCUUCAAAUGAUUUUGUUUAUUAUAUGGCUAAUAUUGUUGGUGUUGAUGAUUAUUUUGAUUAUUUAAGUGAUGAAGUAUAAGCAUUUGUUGAUUCUAGAAUUUUAACAUUUGAAAGUGAUUAAACAAAGUUUUUUUUAAAAAUGAUAUUUUUGUAAUUGUUAAUAGUGACUUUGGGAAUUUCUCUUGUUUUGUAAAAUCAAUAUACACUAUCAGAAUUAUUUAGUUUAUUUACUAAUAUAAAUACAUUUGCAUUAUAGAAGGAAAUUUAAAAAUUAUAAAAAAUGAUACAUUUAUUAAAUCAUGAUGAUGCAUAUUAAAUUUAUAAUUUUGAAGUAAGUGUUUGGGAAAAAGAAAUAUCUGCUUAAGCAUUUUCAUAUAAUUUAAAAAUUAAUUUAAAUAGAAUAAUUAAUCAUGAAUAUAAAUUACCUAGAUUAAAAUUAAUCACUAUAUUUUUUAUAGUUCUUACAAUUUAUUUACUUCCAUAAAUAGUAUUGUAAUCAAUGAAUGGUACAUUUUUUGAUAAAUACAAAUAAAGUACAGAUCUUUUAGUUAAAUUGUCUAAAUUAGGAUCAGCAGUAACUGCAGUUUAUGAAAUUCGAGAAAUUAAUUAUAUGAUUUCAGGUAAGUCUCCUUUUUUUGAUUUCUAUACUGAUUAAAAACGAAUUGAAUAAAAUGUUAUAGUAGAGAAAGAACUUGAAAAAAUAAAUGAAUUUCUAGUUUUUUAUUUGUUUCUUGAUUUGUAAAUAAUAUAACAAUAUUUAUUAGUGAUUUAUCAUUAACAGAUGAUGAUUUUGUAGAUAAAUUCGAAAAUGUUUAAUCAACAAAUUUAUGUAAUUUUAUAAUUCAUGUAAAUGAUUAUUUAUCAUGAUUAGUACAACUAAACUCUGGCUUAAGAACAUUGUAAUUUAAUUUAUGAGGGAGUGAUGAAAUUAGGAUUGAUUAAUACACUUACUGAAAUAUACAGAUAGAUUAAGACAGAAUAUGAAAAUACUAAAGGCUUUUAAAUUUAAUAUAGAAAUAAAUUUGGUGCUUUUGAGGAAGUUGAAAUUGGAUUAAUUGCAUCAGAUUCAAUUUUAUAUUUAUAAUCUGAAGUAUUUAAUGCUGUAGAAUUAAAGACUUCAGAAUUAAUAACUGCUCAUUAAGUAUUAAAAUUUAAAGGACUAUUUAGAUUUUGAUUGGUAUUUACAUAUCAAUUAGUGGAAUACUUGGUUUUAUUAUGGUACGAUAUUAUUAUCCAUAUCUUAUGAGAAGAACUAUGAUAGUUAAGAAUAUGAUAUUUUUAAUACCAUAAUUGUAGUUUUAUUUAGAUCAAAAAUUUGAAACAGAUUUUAGACUAUUAUAAAUGCACAAUGUAUGA